AUGCGGAAGAGUGCCGUACCUGGGCUGCAUUUCUUCGGCAGUACGACCCGUCAGGUAAUUCUUUGGCUACGGUUUGGGGAUUCCCUACGUAUUUGUUAUGACUUAUUCGCGUUGGCAGGUCGGAGCGCCCCUAAGAAGAAGAAAAAGAGCGUCGUCAUCUUACCUGGGGCGGGUACUGAUUCUGAAGAUGGAUACAUUCCCUGCGGCUCGCCUAGUGAUGGUGCCGCGGAGAUUCCUCAACCGCUGCCUCAAACAUUAACCAUUGCAAUAAUGGCUGUGUUAUCUUCAAUGAGCCAUGCAUUUGAUCCUAGUCCUCUGCAGGAUAUUUGUGUUGCUGUUGACGAUUCCAUGGCUGCUGUUUUUGUGAAUGGGAAAAUUUGCAAGGAUCCAAAGCAGGUUAUGGCAAAUGAUUUCUUUAAAUCAGGUCUAAACAUACCUGGAAAUACCUCAAAUCAACUUGGAUCUGCUGUAACUGCUGUGAACGUCGGCAACUUACCUGGACUCAACACUCUGGGCAUUUCAUUAGCGCGCAUUGAUUAUGCACCAUAUGGUCUCAACCCACCUCAUACACAUCCUCGAGGAACUGAGAUUCUUGCUGUUCUUGAGGGCACACUCUACGUUGGCUUUGUCCUUUCAAACCCUGGUCCAAAUAUGAAGAACAAGCUCUUUACCAAGAUUUUAAAUCCUGGAGAUGUGUUUGUUUUCCCAAUAGGUCUCAUUCAUUUUCAAUUUAAUGUGGGAAAGACUAAGGCUGUUGCAUUUGCUGGACUCAGUAGUCAAAAUCCAGGAGUCAUCACUAUCGCGAAUGCAGUAUUUGGUUCAGACCCACCAAUCAAUCCUGAUGUUCUCACGAAAGCAUUCCAAGUUGAUAAGAAAGUUGUGGAUUACCUCCAAUCACAAUUCUGGUGGGAUAACAACUAA